GGAGGUGUCGAGCGCAGAGCGGUUUGGUCGUUGAUCGGAGCGGGAGUGUUCCCGGACUUUAGUUACUCGGAGCGAGGCGGAGUCAACGGCAUCGCAGAGCGGGCUGAAGCGGCGGUAUCCCCAGCGAAUCCAGCGGAGGAAACAUCGACUGUUCGUCCGGUAAGACAAGAUGGCCCGUACAAAGCAGACUGCUCGUAAGUCCACUGGUGGGAAAGCUCCCCGCAAACAGCUGGCUACAAAGGCUGCCAGGAAAAGCGCCCCCUCUACUGGCGGGGUCAAGAAGCCUCACCGUUACCGGCCUGGUACUGUGGCCCUACGUGAGAUUCGCCGUUACCAGAAGUCAACAGAGCUUUUGAUCAGGAAACUUCCUUUCCAGCGGUUGGUGAGGGAGAUCGCUCAGGACUUCAAAACAGACUUGAGGUUCCAGAGUGCAGCUAUUGGUGCCCUUCAGGAGGCUAGUGAAGCAUAUUUGGUGGGUCUCUUUGAAGAUACUAACCUGUGUGCCAUCCAUGCCAAGAGAGUCACUAUCAUGCCCAAAGAUAUCCAGUUGGCUCGCAGGAUACGGGGAGAAAGAGCUUAAGUGAAGGCAGUUUUAUGGUGUUUUGUAGUAAAUUCUGUAAAAUACUUUGGUUUUAAUUUGUGACCUUUUUUGUAAGAAAUUGUUUAUAAUAUGUUGCAUUUGUACUUACGUCAUUCCAUCUUUCACUCAGGAUGAAUGCGAAAAGUGACUGUUCACAGACCUCAGUGAUGUGAGUGAGCAUUGUUGCUCAGGAGUGACAAGUUGCUAAUAUGCAGAAGGGAUGGGUGAUAUUUCUUGCUUCUCAUGAUGCAUGUUUCUGUAUGUUAAUGACUUGUUGGGUAGCUAAAAUCGUAAGGUACUAGAAUUGAUAUAAAUGUGUACAGGGUCCUUUUGCAAUAAAACUGGUUAUGACUUGAUCCAAGUGUUUAACAAUUGGGGCUGUUAAGUCUGACCAUACAUCACUGUGAUAGAAUGUGGGCUUUUCAGAGGGUGAUAAUAUACAAGUCUUAACCACAGUGUAACUUACAGUUUCCUAAAAAAAAAAAGAAAAAAAAAACCAUAAACCUGGCAGCUAUA